UAAUGUUCGAAAAAGAAAUUGUAAUCGAUGGCAAAGGACAUUUGCAAGGUCGUCUAGCCUCUUACAUUGCUAAAGAGUUGUAAAGAGGUUAAAGAAUCGUUGUCGUUAGAACUGAAUUGAUUUAACAAUCUGGUAUCCAUCUCACAAUAUUCUAGGUUCUCUUUUCAGAAACAGAGUUAUCUUUGAAGAAUACCUUAAUAAAAGAAUGGCAUUCAAUCCAAGAAGAGGAUAUAAACAUUAUAGAACACCUUCAAGAUGUUUUUGGAAAGUUGUUAGAGGCAUGCUUCAAUAUAAAUCAAAGAGAGGAGCAGCUGCUUUAGAAAGAUUAAAAUUAUUUGAAGGAGUACCACCUCCAUAUGAUACAAGAAAGAGAUAAGUCAUUCCAGAUGCUCUCAAAUUGAUUAGACUUAAGAAUCAUAGACCAUUUUGCACUUUAGGUGACUUAUGUGCAUCAGUUGGAUGGAAUUCAUAAUCUGUUGUUAACAGACUUGAAGAAAAGAGAAAGCAAAGGUAUCGUCCAUUUUAACACUUCCAUUAGAGGUGCUGCCUAUUAUAAGAGAAAGAUUGCCAGAGAAAAUCUUAGAAGAAAAGCCAUCGGAGCUAAAGAACUUACUACAAUCAAUUAAGAAUUGGAGAAGUUAGGAUAUUGAAAAC